CCCUCAUUUAAAGAGAUGUGAUACUGCUGAGACGUACUGAAUUUUUGCAUCCAUUGUGAAAGCGAUACGGUUUUAAUGUUAUUCCUUCUUGCGAAUGUGAUGGGUUGUCGGCAGCACGCGCUGGGCGGAAACAGUGGAGAGAAGUUGUGUUUGUGUGUGUGUGCUUUCUGCCAUGAAGGAGUGGCCCAAAACUUGUGUUCCUCUGUGUUUGUGUAGAUGCUUCAUGAUGAUGAUCGUUGCUGUAUUUGGUUCGUAAGCGGAGGACGCAGAGAAAAAGACGCAAACCACCGGACUUUGUUAGUGAGAGAAGGUGACAACAAGGAGAAAAAAUGCCGGUACCUCCUCCACCUCCCCCUCCGCCACCCCCCACCUUCUCUCAGGCAAACACUGAGAAGCCUGUCUUGAAUAAAUCGGCGCAGCAGGGCAGGAAUGCUCUACUGUCGGACAUCAGCAAAGGAGCAAGGCUAAAGAAGGCGGUUACUAAUGACCGUAGCGCCCCCAUACUUGACAAACCCAAAGGUGGUGGUGGAGGUGGAGGAGGAGGUGGGCCUGGAGGAGGGGGAGGGUUUGGAGGUGGAGGUGGAGGUGGAGGUGGAGCUCCAGCUGGUCUGGGUGGGCUCUUUCAGGGAGGCAUGCCAAAGCUGCGCUCCACUCGAGAUGACUCCAGUAAUGUCAGGCCUCCAGUUCUGCCACCUGGUGCUCGUAGCUCUGGUCCACGGCCCUUCGGAGGAGGAUCUGGCACCGCCCAUCGUCCACCUAUGCAACGCAGUGAAUCCGUUGACCCCCCUCGCCCACGAAUGACCCCACCGCAUCCUGAAACACCUGGAGGACCUCCUCCACCGCUUCCAAGUGCCCCACGGCCCUUUCAGAGUGGGGCACAGAGCAGGGGACCACCCUCACUUCCAGGGACUCCUCGCCUUGGUUCCGCACCAACCCCUCCACCUCCAAACCCUUCUGGGCGGCAGCCUGCACCUCCACCGGUGCCAGCUGCAUUUAGUCGUCCUCCUUCCGUUCCUUCACCCACAGCUGGUCAUGCUGGACGGCCGCCUCCUCCCCCUGCACCUGGUCGAGGUGAUGACCGUCCUCCACCUGUUCCCCCUGCAAACCGUUCUUCUUUGCCACUCACUCGGGACAGCCCGCCCCCUCCACCUCCACCAUCAGCAAGUAGUAAACCAACUCCUCCUCCAGCUCCUGCUCCUGCCUCUCUGCGGCCACCUGUUAGUGCAGCACCUCCUCUGCCUCCAGGACGCCCAAACCCGUCUACUCCUGAGGAGCAUACACCACGCCUUCCUGAACGGAACCUGUCACUUGGCUCGCAUCCUCCCGCCCCUCCACCUGGGCGAUCCGGACCACUUCCUCCACCUCCUUCUGAGAGACCGCCCGCAUUGGGCCGGAAUGCAGGUGGACGAACAGGUCCUCUUCCACCUCCACCUCUUUCUGGCCGUCCAGGAGGAGGAAGUGUGAGGUCAUCACCAGCCCCUCCUCCGCCAAACAGACCAGGUGUGGAGCCUCACCGUGGUGGCAGUAGACCACCGCUCCCACCAGACAGACCCUCCUCUGGACCUCUGCCCCCUCCUCCCCCACCUAUGGGCAAUGGAUACCACAAUCAGGGACAUCAUAUAGAUGAGUGGGAAUCACGCUUCACGUUCCGACCUGUAUCGGAUCUUCCACCCCCAGAGCCCUACAUUCCCUGUCAGAAGACCUAUCCUAGCAAAAUGUCCAGGAACGAAAGCCGAGGGUCAGGAAAGAAAGAGCGAGGUGCACCUCCCCUGCCCCCCAUACCUAGGUGAAAGAAACUGUUGUCUCAGGGCCUGACAAUCUUUACCCAGUUAUCUUAUUUCUCUGUUACUGUCUGUUUUUGAUAUUUUUCUGCCAGAGUCAUUCAGUAAAAAAAUC